AUGGCUGGCCCAGCAGUGACCAGGCUCUCCCAGGUGCGGGGCUUCAGUACAUCUGUGGUCAGGCCGUUUGCCAAGCUUGUGAGGCCACCUGUUCAAAUAUAUGGUAUUGAUGGUCGCUAUGCUACUGCCCUUUUCUCUGCUGCAUCUAAGCAGAAUAAAUUGGAUCAAGUAGAAAAGGAGUUGGUGAAAGUAGCACAACUUCUGAAGGAUCCGAAAGUGGCUCUUGCUAUUCUGAAUCCCCAUGUCAAGCGUUCCAUUAAAGUGAAAAGCAUAAACGACAUCGUAGCAAAAGAGAGAUUGUCUUCCCUCACAUCCAAUCUGAUCAAUUUACUUGCUGAAAAUGGUCGCUUGAACAACACCCCAGGCGUCAUUUCUGCCUUUUCAACCAUCAUGAGUGUCCACCGUGGAGAAGUCCCUUGCACAGUUACCACUGCAACUCCCUUAGACAAUGCCUCUCUUUCUGAAUUAAAAACGGUCCUGCAAAGCUUCCUAAGUCAAAGCCAGGUGUUGAAGUUGGAGGUUAAGACUGAUCCCUCAAUCAUGGGUGGAAUGAUUGUACGCAUUGGAGAGAAAUAUGUCGAUAUGUCUGCAAAGUCCAAGAUUCAGAAACUGAGCAAGGUUAUGCGGGAGACUAUGUGA